AUGGCCGCCACGCUCCCGCCUCUCGACCAGCCAAAGCUGACGCCCGAAUUCCACGAUGUGGUGAUUGUCGGCGCCGGCAUCUCUGGCAUCGCCAUGGCCUGUCAACUCAAGCGCAAACUCAACAUCCACGACAUCAAGAUCCUCGAACGCAGUCCGGAUCCUUCUGGAACGUGGACCAACAACUCGUACCCCGGAUGCGCGUGCGAUGUACCUGCGCCGGUCUACUCGUUUUCGUUUGCGACCAAGGGCGACUGGUCGACGUUCUAUCCGCAGCAGAAGGAGCUAAAGCGGUAUUUUGGCACGGUAGCUGCCGAGCACGAUCUGCACAAGAACUUUCAUUUCCAGACGACGGUGCUGGAGGCACGGUAUGAUCGCGAGACGGGCUUGUGGCAUGUUUGGAGUCAGGACUGGGUCAAAGGAAAGGGUGAGGGCGAGAAACAUCAUUACGUGUGCAAGUUCUUCGUCAGCGCUGUGGGCGGCCUAUCGCAGCCUAAACCAUGUGAUAUCGAGGGACAUGAGUCGUUCACCGGCCCCAUCUUCCAUACGGCUGCCUGGGACCAUUCGGUGAAUCUCAACGGCAAGGAUGUGGUUCUGGUGGGAAAUGGUUGUUCAGCCACCCAGUGCGUGCCGUAUCUCGCCCAACAUUCCAAGAGCUUGACGCAAUUCGUGCGUUCAAAGCACUGGAUCGCCCCACACCCCCACCAGCCGUUCGACUCGAUUCCAGGCUUCAAGUGGCUGCUCAAAAAAUCCGUGUUCGUGCGCAAGUUCCAACGUCUGAUCAUCUGGUUGGUGCUCGAGUCGCAUUUCAUCAUGAUCCUGCAGAAUCCCUUGGGACGACUCUUCCGCUGGAACUGGCGCCGCAAAUGUGAAGCGCACAUGAAGAAGAACGCACCGCCGGAGUACUGGGACAUACUGCUACCGCGCAAGGACGAGCUCAUGGUGGGGUGCAAACGUCGUAUCAUCGACGAUGAUUACCUGCCCACUCUGCGUCAACCGCAUGUCAAGGUCGAGAACACCAAGCUGGCGCGAAUCGAGCCGCAGCACGUGGUACUUGCGGAUGGACGCAGGAUCAAGGCGGACGUGAUCGUGAUGGCGAAUGGGUUUGAACCGCACGCAGCAGGCGCUCCCAUGAAGGUCGUCGGCGUCAACCGGACACUGCACGACCACUGGGCCAAGUACGGCGAGGGCGGGAUGCUGGCCUACCGCUCCUCGCUCAACUCUGGCUUCCCCAACAUGGGCUCAAUCAACGCAGCCAACACGGGCACGGGCAAUCAAUCGCUCAUUUUUGCCUCAGAAUGCACUGUCAACUUCCUGCUGGAAGUCGCCAAGCCGGUCCUCGCCGCGGCUCGCCCCCCGCAGUUCGCCAUCGACCACAUGCCCUCCCCCUCGCUCUCCGCCGACCCAAAACUUGAGAACUACAAAAUCCCCACAUUCGAGGUGAAGCUUAAAGCCGAGCUCGAUGAACAGCACUGGAUCGCUAAGGCCAUGUCCAAGCUCGUCUUUACCAGUGGAUGCAAGAGCUGGUACAUCGAUGCCAAGAGCGGGAGGGUGACCAGCAUGCAACCGGACUGGCAGGUGAAUUACUUGUUGCGGGCGCACUUUCCCAAGUGGGAUGACUUUAAGUAUACGGGAUUGAAGGCGGGGGCGAAGGUGCCGGAGGGUGUGCCGUGGUGGAAGGUGUGGGGUGAUUGGGCUGGGUUGGGCCAUGUCAAGUAUGUGGAUCCGAAGGAGACGCCGCAGAUCAAUCGGGCGGCUAUGGAUGCCUGA